AGGUUAAUUGGGAAUUGCCCCUAUGUAAAUAUAAAUAGGAACUGAAAACAGGAAUUUAGAAAGCUUUAUUAGAAACUGAAAUGUGUACAUGUACUCGCGCCCAAUGCAACCAAUCAUGGGAAUUUCCCAGGAGACUUCCUGUACUCUGUGGUGGUGGUGGUGGUUGUUGGGGUUUUUUUUUUAAAGGUAAAUAUUGCCUGUCUAGAGAUGAGACUCUCCUCCCACCUGAAACCCAAAAACACGAACAGGUAUUAGAAUAUGAACGAGGUGUUCUCGAGAGAGCCGUAUUCAAACGUACCAAAAAAAAUAAGAAGAUUUGACGUGGAUAAUUAACCGAGGAAAACAAGAAACAGAAAAUACAGUACACUAACUUCCUUGGCUCGAAACAGGAGAGGAUUUCACACAAUUUAUCAUGUAUCCAGAAUACAUUAUUAUUAACUACAGGAUAAGCUACUUCAAUAGUACCGAAGAGACUGAAGAGUUCAGUUAAGUCAGGUCAGGUGGAACUUCCAAUAACAUUUGAAGUGGAGGGAGAGUACCCCACAGGCAAACAUACCAACCGCAAAGAUCAUUACAAAAGAAAGUGAGAUGUAUCAGUUUCCCUGGAGGUGACGAUUUUGUUCUCACAACACACGGGACGGAGAUGGUGCUUUAUUCACAAAUAUUUUUUGCGAUAUUCCAAUUUUUCACUUAAGUUAAAUUCGCAACAUGGAUGGAAACAUAGCGUGUGUGGUUGAGAGCAGAUGGCGCUUUGCUCUGUGUGUGUUAGGUCGCCCCGUGAUGCGGUAUGAGCAAAAGCUUGAAAAGUUGUGGUUGCCUGUCUUCACAUGUCUCGGAGAAAGCACUUAUUAGCCUUCACCCUCCCUGGAUGCUAGCAGUCGUACUGUAUGAUCAGGGAGAGCUGGCCGGUUGGUGGAAAUUGGCAGGUGACCAAUCUGUGGGGAAAAAAAAAUUAUGAAAAUUCUAUGAAUAUAUAAAUUAGAUAGAGUCCCAACCAUACACACACCACCCCCUUCCUGGUAUUCUCGAAUAUUACAGCCUGCAUUUACAUAUCGAUCCUGAUAGGCUGUUCUAUUUUAUGACAAAACAACACUUGCUUGAUUGCAAGUCAGAUUUUCCAGUUAGAUUUUCAGAUCUCGCCGUUUCUUAGAUUUAUACGGGAAAGGUUAUUCAUUUCCUUAUUCAAAUAAAUUCUUUAUUUAUAUGACAUACUGUACAUUUUAUAGACGUUUGGGCUGACUUUAAUGGGAAGUACCUAAACACUGUUCUUUGGUCUGUUCUUUUCUUCAUGACACUGACAAAUAAUACAGUCAAAAAUAAAUAAAUGGAUAUGGUGAAUACACUUGAAGGUAUUAAGAGGUAUAUGCUUGGUAUAUAUUAGUUUUAAAUAGUUAUAAAGGAAAAGACAAAGUAGGGAGCAUUACGACUGGGUUAUAUAAGCAAAUUUGACACAAAUAUCAAUAAAUCCAACCAUCCAUCCAUUUUCUGUACCACAUCCUACACAGGGUCAGAUAAUUUAUUCACAGCACUGAUAAUUUAGGGAUGCCAAUCAGCCUACAAUGCAUGUCUUGAGUGCCAGACUGGGGCAGGUAACCCCCAAAGCACGGGGAGAACAUGUAAUCUCAGUGCAAACAGGGCAGAGUUUAAACUAAACCCCCAACAUUGCAGGUGUGUGGCAAACAUGCUAGCUACUACAACCACAACCUCACUGUACAGCUCGGUUCACUCACACUCAUGCCAACCAGGACGGCCAGGAACCUUGGGGUGAUUCUUGAUGACGGCUUGACCUUUACAGACCAUAUCUCAGCAACUGCAAGGUCCUGUAGAUUCAUCCUUUACAACAUCAGGAAAAUCCAACCCUACAUCACCAAACAGGCUACACAGAUACUAGUCCAGGCUCUUGUUAUCUCUAAACUGGACUACUGCAACUCACUGCUUUCAGGCCUCCCAACCAGCUUCAUCAAACCCCUUGAGAUGAUUCAGAAUGCUGCAGCACGCCUCGUCUUCAACCAGUCCAAGAGAACCCAUGUCACACCCCUCUUCAUCUCCCUCCACCGCAAGUUCAAGGCCUUGAUGCUCACCUACAAGACCUUGUCAGGAACAGCACCCUCCUACCUCAACUCUCUCCUGAAGGCCUACGUUCCCUCUCGCAAUCUGCGAUCGAUUAGCGACCGACGUUUAGCAGUUCCAACUCAGCGUGGCGCAAGGUCCCUUUCCAGAACCUUCACACUAACUGUUCCUCAGUGCUGGAAUGCACUUCCAAUGCACUUCCAAUGUCACCUUAGCACUAGCAUUUUUUUUUUUUUACAUUUAUUAGCAAUCUAACUAUAUCCAUGUAUUUUAUAGGUGUACAAUUACUGACGUUAGAGCAUACACUUCCCCUUUACCCAUCCUUUAGUAGAAAUGGACCUCAGUAGGGUUUAAUUAGACCAUUCUCAACACAGAAGAUAUUGUAUGGUAACAUCAAAAACUGAAAACUGAAUGUAAUUAGAAUGUAGUUCUCAGGAAAGUACAUGUUUGACUGGUUUCCACAGCCUGAUGCCAAUACAGUGAGAAAUGCUGAGCAAUGAUGCCUGGUUUCAAACAGUUCAGGUUACAGACAGGGCAAGGAGGUAAAGGGCACACUGAGAAGAGAGACCUGAGAGACAUAAACAGACAUUUCUCCUCUGCAAUAAUGCAUUUCCCAGCAUGACUCAGACAUCAUACAGAUAUAUAUAUAUAUACAGUGUGUGUAUAUGUGUGUAUGUGUGUGUAUAUAUAUAUAUAUAUAUAUAUAUAUAUGUAUAUAUAGUUUUGAAGUGGACAAGGAUAGAGACGUGACAAGAAGUCACAGCUUGAUGCUUCUCAAAGCGUUGCUUCUUCGAACAUCCUCUGGAAUCUAUUUAUGAAUAUGAAUGCAGACAGGAAGUCGCACAUAAAGUCUCAUAAAGGUUGAGGUAAGUGCUGUGAACUGGCUUGCUCCAGCCAUUUGUCUUCAAAGCCCUGUGAGAAGAUGAAUUGCACAAAUUGUUACUCCCCCAAUAACGAAACCAAAGCAUGUCCAGUGAAGUCCCAGCCUAUUUUCAUCUCUGUGCUGAUUAGCCUGUUCCUCUUGCUUGGGUUUUUCCUGAACAUCUUCAGCAUGUGGGUCUUCAAGUACCGCACUCCUGAGUGGAAGUCUGGAACGGUUCUCCAGUUCCAUCUAGCUAUCAGCGAUCUCACUUUUUGUCCUCUAGCACCAUUCUUAGCGGUUUACUUUGCCAUGGGAGACUGGCCUUUCGGAAGAGACAUGUGUCGGUUAAAGAUUGUCCUGAUGAUCGUCCACUUUUAUGGUAAUAUUUUCUUUCUUACUCUCAUAAGCAUCCACCGUUACAUAUCCGUGGUCUACCACAGUCAGGAAUCCCGCAUGAAACAGAAGGACUUUGUAAAGAAGCUUUGCAUAGGAGUUUGGGCUGUCGUGCUCAUUAAAGGAGUGGUGUGUAGUCUGCUUCUGGACGUAAGCACAGUGGAGAAACACACGCUGUGUCUCAGUAUCCACCAGGAACAAUACAUGAAGGUGUAUUUUUUUGCUAACUUCAUUCUACUCUUACCCGGAUUCCUGAUCCCGUUCACGAUAUCGCUGGUUUGCUACAGCCGCUUGGCAAGAUCCAUGUCUGGCAUCAAUAUCUGCCAUCAGAAAGGCAAGCUCAUGAAGAGUAAGUCAUGCAAAAUGGUGGCUGUUUGUCUGCUGAUUUUCGGACUGUGUUUCACGCCCAUUAAUGUGAUUCGUACCGUAGUCGUGGUGGUCAAGAAAUUCUACCCCGAAAACUGCCGUCUACUUUUGCACGUGGAAACAUCGUACUACGUCUCCUGGAUCCUGUCUUCAGCCAACUGCUGUCUUGAUCCACUGAUCUAUUGCUUUGCCUCGCAGAAAUUUAUGGGAGCCUUCCGCAGCUCGCUGAGGAAAAUAGGAGUCAGGUUCCAAACAAUUCGGGAGGAUAUGGAGAAUGAGAGCGCUGUGAGCACACACGUCGUCCCCACUCCUAGGACCAUUUAGAAAAAGUGACCAUCUUGUAAUUAAGCAUGCUGGAUGGAACACUCUCAAAAAAGGGGACUUGUCACUCAUUGGUACUGCCUUAGUAGCUUUGGUACACAUCUUUCACCUGUGAGUGUACCUUUAAGGCUUAGGGUACAACCAUGGGGCAUCAUUUCUAAAAUGUUCAUAAAAUCAAAUUUGGACUUCAAUUUUAUGGAUUUGUUCUUAUAUUUUUUGUGCCCAUGCAGCAGUAUACUAGUGCAAUCUCACUUCUCAGGGACUUUCAGACUAACCAGUGUUACAGAAGCAAGAGUGACUGAAUAAAUAUAUGAAAGUCCCAAUUUAAACAAUAGAUAGACAGAAACAAAGAUAGACGGAUGGAAAGACAAGGAAAGAUUGACAGACAGGUUGAAAGGAAGGAAGGAAGGAGGGAAUGUAGGUAGGUGGGUGGUUGGGUAGGUAGGUAGGUAGGUGGGUGGUUGGUUAGGUAGGUAGGUAGGUAGGGGUUGGUUGGAAAAUAUAAGAGCAGGUACUCAUUUGUCACAUCCCUUUUGUUAUAUUUUGUUAUAUUAUAUUUUCAUAAUUACUGUAUUGUUUAAUUGUGGUAUUUUGUAUAUUUUAAUUUGAUAUAUUUACAUUUGAUGUAUUGUGUAUUAUGUAUAGAAAAAUCCAUUAUGUAUUUGAUGUAUUUCUGCCAUAUUCUCAUUUGUAUGUCGCUUUGGAUACAAGCAUCUGCUAAAUGAAUAAAUGUAAAUGCAAAUGUAUUCUUCUAAUGGGGCACUUAAGGCCUUCCUGCUCCCACUGUGGGUUAAACAUAGCUUGGCAUUUUGCAACAAAAUCCAUUAAUCAGCAUUUUAGUAUUUUAAUGCGAUUGAAAUGUAACUAUUUAUGUCCUCACUGCAUUCAAGAGCUCAUUAUAUUGCUCAUAGUGUUGCUAUAGCGAAUGCUUUUGUUUAAAAAUACUUCCUUAAAGAUUUUGAUAAAUUGGAAUGAAACUGCAUAACCAAUAAAGGAAGUUUUGUUUAUGUA